AAAGUUUGCCGGUAAACUAGCUGUGUUCAGAGGAGAUCCCUUGGGUUUACCAUUUCCCAGUUGUUGGUUUUUGCUCCUAGCUGGCUGCGUCGACGAAUUAUCUCGCAGCUGCUCUGAACCUUAGUAGCUAAUUUUCACCACUUUUCGUGAAGGGCCACUAAAGGCAGUCCCCAAGCCAACUCGUCUUCUCAUAUAUUUCCCUUGUUAUGAUAGCUACGAAUCAAUCUGCACUAGGAAACGUGACCUUCGGAUUUGUUUACGAACUACAACCCGGACUUGUCUGGUCGGAUCGCGAUUCUUCUCAUCUUUCACUCAGCGAAUAUGGCACUUCCGAAGAGAAUAGUAAAGGAAACUGAGCGCUUGAUGGCGGAACCUGUUGCUGGCAUCAAUGCAGUUCCUCAUGAAGAUAAUUUGCGAUACUUUGACGUUAAAAUACAUGGUCCUUCUCAAUCUCCAUAUGAAGGUGGUAUUUUUUCGUUAGAAUUGUUUUUGCCGGAUGAUUAUCCGAUGACUCCUCCGAAAAUCCGGUUCUUGACAAAAAUAUAUCACCCGAAUAUAGACAGACUGGGUAGAAUUUGUCUUGAUGUAUUGAAGAACAAUUGGUCCCCUGCCCUUCAAAUCCGAACAAUCCUCUUGUCUAUUCAGGCUCUAUUAGGUGCACCGAAUCCGGAUGAUCCACUAGCAAAUGACGUCGCUCAGCGGUGGAAGGAAGAUGAGCAAGCCGCUAUUGAAACAGCCAAAGAAUGGACAAGAAAAUAUGCUACUCCAGCAUAGAUCUUUGGCUAAUAAUAGAGUUAACAAAGUCCAAACGCGAACUUCGCAGAAACUUCGAAUGGGAUAUCUUUUAAACCCUUUCUGAAUAACAUGGGACCCUUAUUUUUGAUAACGAGCCGUGAGGCGUUGAAGCCCAGGUGCAUUGUGUUAGAUAGCUUCCGAGAUUAAACUCCGGAUAGAGCGG